CCGAAUUCUAGACCGAUGCAAAUGGACAAUGUAGCAAUCUGUCUUGCCAGCCUGGGAUUCGUUUUGAAGGAAAUCAAGGGACUGUUGAAGAAGAGUUUCUGGGAGGCCAGUCACACCCUCACUCGAGUAGCCAAUCCUUAUGGGAGUAGUAGUCACUUACUCCAGAAGGAAUCACACCAUCAACUUAAUCCUGUUCUCUCUACACUUCCAUCCAUACGUUUUGAGCGGAUCACCAUUCCAAGGCCAGAUUGCCCAAAUGAAGUGCGGACAUUCACGUUUUACCUUUGUAAUGUCGGCAGGGAUAAUCCCCAGUGCAGCUUUGACUGUAUUCAGCAGUAUCAAUCCCGCUUCGGUAAUGUGAUGUUAGACUGUCUUGGAGGCAUACAGGAUAAAAUCACUGUGUGCGCGACUGAUGACUCCUACCAAAUGACCAGGGAGCGUAUGACUCAAGCAGAGGAGGAGACUCGAAGUCGUGGCGCUAUAGUUAUUAAACUGGGAGGCCGAUACAGAGCUAAAAGGGUGCUUCGCAAACCAGCACCUGGUAUCCCUGAUGCUGUUCCCCAAAGGAGGCGACCAACACCAGUGAACCUGGCAAAUACAAUGAAGAAAUAUGUCAGCAACGUUUCUGAUCGGCCCUAUCGAGACCGGGUUAUCCACUUGUUGGCUCUAAAACCUUACAAGAAACCAGAGUUAAUUCUUCGAUUGCAGAAGGAUGGAAUCACCCAACAGGAUAAGGACUCUUUGGAAAAUCUCUUACAACAGGUAGCUAACCUGAACGUUAAGGAUGGCACCUUUACCCUGAAAGACUUUGCCUACAAGGAGAUCCAGAGAGAUUGGCCUGGGUACUCUGAUGGCGACCAGCAGUUACUGAAGAGAGUUCUUGUUCGGAAAUCCUGUCAACCACACAAUGCCACUGGGGGCUCUGGGGAGACACCUUCAUCAAGUCCAAAGGACAGUGCAAAUUCAGCCUCUCCACCACAGAAACGCUCACUACCCAACGAUUUCAUUGAUCCUCUGGCCAAUAAGAAGCCAAGAAUAUCUCUGUUGACCAGCCGGGUUCCACCAACUUUAAAUGGCAGGUUAAAUCCAUCCAAUGGGAAAGAAACAGGAGCUCCUUCAGUGCAAACCGCUGCAGCCGAUUCAAUUAGCUCCACCUCUACCUUGCCAAUGCUUGUGGAGAAUCAGAGACCGAACAAUCUUUCAUCAGAAGUCAGCAACGAUUCGAGUCACAACGGCCGGGACUCAGAAAGCCAGGAGACCCCAGAGCGAGCAGUUUGCCCACGGCCCCCUCAUUUUCCUCGUCCCAGUGCACCUUUACUCCACGUCAAGUCAAAGAAAAAAUCUAAAAAGCACAAAGACAAGGAGCGAGUGAAGGACAAAGGAGGCAGCGAGAAAGGGUGCGGAGAGCUUGUAAGAGACAGUGAGUUUCUUCAGAGUUGCAAGGAGCAGAAGAAAACUGUUCCACCAAAGGCUGCAGGGUUGAAUGGGAUGUGCAACAGCUCAAGUGUUCCAACAUCAACAUCAGAUGUGCCUGAUUAUUUACUCAAAUACUCAGCAAUUGAGUCACAGGAGCAGAGACAAGGUUACAAAACUGAUUUCAAUGCAGAGUACAGUGAGUACCGGGACCUGCACUCCAGGAUCGAGAGCAUCACCAGGCGGUUUACACAGCUGGACGCUGAGCUGAAGCAGCUCUCUCCCGGGUCUGCAGACUACAAGAGUACACAUGACCAGAUCUUACAGGAGUAUCGGAAAAUCAAGAAGACGAAUCCCAAUUACAGCCAGGAGAAAUAUCGCUGUGAAUAUCUACACAACAAACUGGCUCACAUUAAGAAAUUGAUAGCAGAAUACGAUCAGAAGCAGCUGCAAUCCUGGCGUUAGCGUGACUACUUUACCACCAAGAGACAGAAAGGGAGAGCGAUACAGCAAGCAAUUGCAUCUAAUUGUGUUUCCAGCUUCCCCUGUGUGUGUGUGUGCUUCACAAGAGGAGGAAACUGCACCGACUGAGACCAGCACUAACUUUAAUUAGAGAAACUUGUGGGGAUGGGAGGGGGGACCCCAGUCAGUAACUGUCUAGUGAGGAGAGUUUAGUGUUCUAAAGGACAAAGGCUUUUAAAAAUAAUUGGAAGAUGUACCCAGGACUUGCUGUUCAUUGUGUCCCCUGACUCCUCAAACAAACAGUGUCUUCUCCCCCUCACCUGACUCUUCAGACUCUUCCUUCUGGGAGUGAUGUUUUUGCUGCUGUUGCCUUUGUCUGCCUUCUUCACUGUACAAGAUAUGGUCCAAGUGUUAGAUGUAAAAUCUGCCAUCCAAAGAGACUGGUUUGAGGGGUUGGAUCUGUCUGUUCAAACACCAUUUGCCCUGGUUUUGUUUGGCGUUAAAUGCUCUCUCUCCUCGUAAGGUAUUUCAAGUGUCUGUUCAGAAACACCAACAACUGCAAGAACUGGUGAUUCUGUGGCAGCACUCUGCUGCCUCACUGGGUUGCAGGUAUAAAUGACAGCACAUAGUGAGCUGACUCUGAGGAUAUGUCACUCCUAAGUGUCAGUCAGGCACCUGUUAAUGGUCACACUGCAUCUGCUUCUCAAGGUUUGCCUAAUGCUCUAGCUGUCUGAAACACCACCCACCAACUCCAAGAAGAGAUGAAUGAAUGAACUCAUUUAAAGGUGUUAUUUACUAUGAUCAGUGCAACUGGACAACUGCUGCAAUGAAAUGGCAUCUUCUGCCAACAGGCCAGGUAAUGAUCAAAUGUCAGUGUUCAGUGCUGUGACCCCGAACCAGACAGGAAUGGAUGGAAUCACAAUCAAGUGAUUAUAGAAAAAGAUAUAAUGAAUAAUGUUUUGGCAAUGAUGGGAUCCAGAACUACUACACUGCCUAAAAGACUCACUUUCGUGCCAAUGUCUCCCACAAGAACCUCUAUUGUGGUGCUUUGGGCGUGAGACUAAGUUUUUAUGUUCUAUUCUUCAUUGUCCCUUGCUCCCCUUCCCCCCCCAAGGCAGAUGACAGCUGGUUAUGUCACGAACCUUUGCCUGGGGGGGGAGGGGGGGCGGGGUCUUGCCUCCCUUCCAGAGAUUCAACUGUGGCAACUCCCCGUCCUCUCUCCAAUCCACCACCACCACCAUUUCACCUUUUCCCCCAGGCAGCCGCUGCUGAUUAAUGUUUGUGCAUUAUUUAUUUUAUGUAUUUCUGGCUCCUGUCCCUUUAACUAGGUUCCUGACAUUAAAGCCAUCUCUUGACCCUAAUUUGCACUUGCUAUGCAACUUGCCUUCCACACUCUCUCGUCCUUGAGUUGUUGAGAUACGUUGGGAUGUUAAUUUCAACAGUCUAAGAAAAUACAAUGUGUUUUUAACCCAUUGCAAAGCACAUUGAGAAAUAUGACUGGUACAGUUUAGUCAGAUUAAAACAUAAGAGGGUGCAACAUUCAAGCAGAAUCAAGUGUUCAGUUUUCUCCCUUUCAGUCUACAUUAUGAUUCUUCCCUUCCUAAGCUAGUCCAGUUCGAUGAGAUGGACAAAGAAUAGUUUAAAAUCUACACUGGAUACUAAACUGCAGCUUAAACCUGCACUGGAGAUAAAGGAAUGACAUUUCAUUAAAUAUUUCCAUACUUGAAAAUCCAAAUUGUCAAGUUCUUUGUCCCACCUGGUUCCUUCAGUUUUGGUAACUGUGAUUUAGGAUUCGCUUCUCACCAAGUGCUGAAUUCAUUCGCAAACACCAGCAGCUACUGGAGCUGAUUUGAGCCAGGGUCCACUGUCUUAUUUGUUCAGCAUUAAUCGGAUUUCAGUCAGCAGCCUGACACUAUUCCCUACUGCUUGAAAUUUGAUUCACUGAGUUUGAAAUAGCAACAGAUUUGAUCAGUACGUUUUUGAGACGUUACCUGUCAUGGCUGAGGAAGCAAGUAUCACCUGGGUUCAAAACUCCUGUCUGCACUUGCCAAGGUUCUGAAUGGGUCGACCUGUUUUGAACCUGUUAUUCUUCCCUGCUGUAUUUCCACAGGCUCCCACUGUUUCUUUUGAGUGAUUUGUUUAUUUUCUCUGAUUGUGGGAGAUCUGCGAACUGUGGGACAUCUGAAGAUAUUCUGAACAAGUUAAUGGCUAUUAAGUGCUGACAUAGCUGUCCCCUGGGAGUUUAAAUAGGAUCUUCCAGUCAUGUCUUGAGCAAUUCUUUGAGUAUUUUAAUUUAUUUAGAGUUGGAACUGUGAAUUGUUUUCCCAGCAAGGGCUCAGUCCACAACUGGAAAGCAUGAAGUAGGAAAUUAGGCGUUUUCAUUUUUUUUUCAGUGUCAGUAAAUGUUAUUAUUUUCCCAGUCGAACAGCAACAGGGUCAGGUCUUCUACUGCAGCCCACAAUGGACAGGAUUAUAUUUUCACGGCUGAAAUUGGAGUUCAGAAACAUGUAGCUGUGUGCUGAACAUGUAGCUGUGUGCUGAACAUGUACUGCAGGUGCCAGUGAGAACUGUAUUUGCAGGAGGUUCAAAUGGCACAGUAUUUGACUGAUUGUGGAGACUAAUGAGAAUCAACACCUUGAAUAUGAGGAUAACCUAAUCAAACCUGACAUUGUUUCCUUUACACAGAAGACAGCAGAAUGGUGUUCAUACCUGUCCUAGCUUGCCAGUAUUCUAGCUCCAUCAAAGUGAUGCCUAAACAUCAAGUUAUACACAGAUACAGCUUAACUGAGUGCAGACAUCCCGAGUCCCGUAUAAUACCAAUAGAUUCAACGUAUUCAAAGAGGGUAAAGUGGGUGGUGUAGGUUCCUCAGGAAUUUGUCUAGGAGCUGACCAUUCGGAGGACUAUUGAGUGUCGUUGUCAAGUCUUGCUUCAAUGAAAUGUGCCCUCCUCCCUACUGUUUUAGCAUUGUCCCAGCCCCACCGACCCUUAAGCCCAGCCUCUUCUGACACCCUUGCCCUAGUUCCUGCUAACCCCUGAGCCCUCACCCCCAAACUGCAUAAUGAUGUUCCCGCGCCACCAGCCCUGCUCUGUGCCCAGUUUUCCCCAAACCACCUCAUGCUUGAACUUUUUUCACACCAGUGGCCUCCCCAUUGUGAUUUAUCCAGAUGUAUCACAGAUAUUCUCCUGAUAAUAUCAUCCCAAACUCAAAUCUUCCAAGUUGCAGCCAAAACCUGCUAUUCUAAAUUUGCUGAAACCCGCACGGCUGCUUCUGAAAUUGAGAUCUAUAUUCCAGUACCUAAUACACUCAAUGGAUGCUUUGAGUUAAAAUUUAAAGCUAAUUUAGGAGGGUGCAUCAUAUCACUAGUGCUGGGAAUGUGCCUAAUUCCGGAAGACUUCGAAAUGUUAGUGUUUUUGUACUGCAGCCUGUAUCUUGUAAAAGUAUCAGACCAGCUUACUGGCAUUCCAGUCCUCCAACACUCCCUUGCCUCCGCUUUAUCUAACCACUUCUCCUCCUCUUUCCUGCUUGUCCUCCUCUCCCUCUCUCUCUCUCCCCCUCCCUCCCCAAUCCUCUCUUCCCACCUCCGCCCUGACUCUGCCCCCUUCUCUCCCUCUCACUCUCCAAUCAUUCCUCCUCCUCCCCCCCCUGCCCUAAGAAUACUUUUCCCUUUGUACAUAUAUAUAUUGAUCAUUCCCUCUGUUCAAUAUGCCUGAUGUCUUGAGGGUACUCACAAUGAGUAGCACGUUUUGCCUCUGAGUGAGGAGGUGGUGGGGUCAAGCACCAGUUUAGGACUCGUAAUAUGUAAUCUCAGCUGAUGCUGGAGGAGGGGUGAGAGUGCUGCACAGUUGAGGGUUUGCUCUGGGGAGGGAUCAAACUCGGUGUUCUCUAGAAUACCCACAGGAUUGUGUUGGAAUCAGUCAAAAACCAAAUGAAUGAAUUAUCUCCCUCGAUAACAUUUGUGGGAUGUUACUAUUGUGUUCACCUUGCUAAUGACAUUGCACAUCAGUGUGAGUCCUUGUUUGAGAUAUGUCUAAAAUGUAAAUCUGCUCUUUAAAUGUGUUAUGCCCUAACUGACUUCAGUGUUACAGAUGAUCAGAAUGGUGCUAUCAUUCCUUCCCCUUCUGUUCCACAUCUUGGGCUAGAGCCUUUCCCCACAUGACCUCCACUAAGGCCAAUUGUGAAAGAGGUGGUGGUGAACACUGGGUGUGAUAGAGCGUGAUUCAGAUUUUUUUAAAUCUUCCUCAGUUGCGAUUUUCUGUUUACCACAAGGAAUGAGUGAAAUUUCUUAUGCUACUUCAUAUUCAUUGCCACACAGGGAUUGGUGAGAGGAGUUGUGUGUGUAUAUACAGUAAAUGGAUCAGUAUCUGGCAGGAAGGAUUAGGAAACCAGUUUGGUUUGGUGGUGCCUGUCCUGCUUUACUUUUGGGUUUUUGCAUAAUCAGCAUCCAAAGCUUUAUUCUUCCAUCCUGGUGUUUGAAAGAGAUUUCUCAUUUAUGACUUACUGAAUGAACCAGGAGGCUGAGUAGCUGGACUGGCAUCUGCUACCUUGCUACACCCUAUCCUGUGUUACAGUAACACAAAUUGCUGGAGGAACUCAGCAGGUCUGGCAGCACCUGUGCAGGGAAUACAUAGUUAACAGCUGUGAAGAAGGAUCAUGACCUGAAACGUUAAUUCUGCUUUCUCUUCACGGAUACUAUCAGAUCUGUUGUUUCUCCAGCAGUUUCUGUUUCAGAUUUCCAGUAUAUGCAGCUUUGUUUAUUAUCACAGUGUUAUAAUACCAGUUCCACCCAAGUCUGAGAGAAUAUUUCUGAAUUUAAAAAAAUACAAAAAUUUAAACAUUUUUGAACCUUCUGGAGUUUAAAUAAAACUAUUUUUUGAGAACAGUA